AUGGCGUACAACGGCCGUGACCAGGAGUAUGCUGGCCACGCUUUGCAGGACCUUCCUGCUGGCAGCAGCCAAUACCAUCUCCCCCCUCAAGAGAACGACGAGGAGCAGGGCCGCGGCCUCUUGAACUCGGGCUACGAGCAAGAUCGACUUGGCGCCCGAACUCCUCCCGACCGCCCUGUCUCUGCUUACAGUCUUACUGAGUCUUACGCACCCGGAGCCUCAUCUACCAUGCCUGGUCAGGGACCUACUGGAUAUGGUGAUGGUGGCAGCUUUGGACAGUUCGGCAACCUCGAUGCCGCUGCCCCUUUCCCUCGCCCAGACUCUGCCAUCGAUCCCGAGGACAGCUGGGUCGAGCGACAGCAACAGCCUCAGAUGGGUGGCGGCGGCGGCCUCGGUCGUUCAAAAACCCGAAAGAUCAAGCUUGUUCAAGGCUCCGUCCUCAGCAUUGAUUACCCCGUUCCCAGCGCUAUCAAGAACGCUGUCCAGCCCCAGUAUCGCGAUGCCGAGAGUGGCACUGAGGAGUUCCAUAAGAUGCGAUACACCGCUGCCACUUGUGAUCCCAACGACUUCACACUCAAGAACGGUUACGAUUUGCGACCUCGCAUGUACAACCGACACACUGAGUUGCUGAUUGCCAUUACAUACUAUAACGAAGAUAAGGUUCUGCUUGCCCGAACCCUGCAUCACACUAUGCAGAACAUCCGCGAUAUUGUCAACCUCAAGAAGUCGACAUUCUGGAACAAGGGUGGGCCUGCUUGGCAGAAGAUCGUUGUGUGCCUGGUUUUCGACGGUAUCGAUAAGGCUGACAAGAACACCCUCGAUGUCCUUGCGACUGUUGGUGUCUACCAGGACGGUGUUAUCAAGAAGGAUGUCGACGGCAAGGAGACCGUUGCUCAUAUCUUUGAAUACACCUCCCAGCUUUCCGUUACCCCCAACCAGCAACUUAUCCGACCCACAAACGAAGGCUCCCAGAACUUGCCACCAGUUCAGAUGAUCUUCUGUUUGAAGCAGAAGAACACCAAGAAGAUCAACUCUCAUCGAUGGCUCUUCAACGCUUUCGGUCGUAUCCUGAACCCUGAGGUGUGUAUCUUGCUCGAUGCCGGUACCAAGCCCAGUCCCCGAUCUCUCCUUGCUCUUUGGGAGGGUUUCUACAACGACAAGGAUCUCGGUGGUGCUUGUGGUGAAAUUCACGCCAUGUUGGGCAAGGGCGGCAAGAAGCUGUUCAACCCCCUCGUUGCUGUCCAGAAUUUCGAGUACAAGAUCUCCAAUAUUCUCGACAAGCCUCUUGAGUCCUCGUUCGGUUAUGUCAGUGUGUUGCCUGGUGCUUUCUCUGCUUACCGAUUCCGAGCCAUUAUGGGACGUCCUCUAGAGCAAUAUUUCCAUGGUGAUCAUACCUUGUCUAAGAUGCUUGGUAAGAAGGGUAUCGAUGGUAUGAACAUUUUCAAGAAGAACAUGUUCUUGGCCGAGGAUCGUAUUCUGUGUUUUGAGCUGGUCGCCAAGGCUGGUCAGAAGUGGCAUUUAUCUUACAUCAAGGCUGCCAAGGGUGAAACCGAUGUGCCUGAAGGAGCGGCUGAAUUCAUCAGUCAGCGUCGAAGAUGGCUCAACGGUUCGUUCGCCGCUACUCUGUACUCGCUGAUGCACUUCGGUCGUAUGUACAAGUCCGGCCACAACAUUAUCCGCAUGUUUUUCCUUCACAUUCAGCUCAUCUACACGACUCUCAACACACUCUUCGCUUGGUUCUCUCUUGGUUCGUACUGGCUUACAACUUCCGUCAUCAUGGAUCUUGUGGGUGCUCCUAACGCUGCAUCCGGUCGUCAUGCUUGGCCAUUCGGUGACACGGGUACUCCUGUUGUCAACGCCCUGCUUCAGUAUCUCUACCUGGCCUUCGUUAUGCUCCAGUUCAUUCUCGCUCUGGGUAACAGACCCAAGGGUUCCAAGUUUACCUACAUCGCAUCGUUCAUGGUCUUUGGUCUCAUUCAGGGUUACAUCCUGGUUCUCUCCGCCUACCUGGUCGUUCGUGCUUUCGACACGCCUAUUGGAGACCAGAUCUCGUUCGCCUCGACUGACGCUUUCCUCGACAGUUUCUUCGGUGGCUCAAGCGCUGGAGGUGUUAUUUUGGUUGCCCUUAUCACCAUUUACGGUCUGAACUUUGUCGCCUCGUUCAUGUACCUGGAUCCUUGGCACAUGUUCCACUCUUUCCCGUACUACCUUAUCCUCAUGUCAACCUACAUCAACAUUCUCAUGGUCUACGCAUUCAACAACUGGCACGAUGUUUCUUGGGGUACCAAGGGUUCAGACAAGGCUGAGGCACUUCCCUCUGCCCAUGUCACCAAGGGAGAGAAGAACGAGGUUGUCGUCGAAGAAGUUGAGAAGGAGCAGGAGGAUAUUGAUAGUCAGUUUGAGCAGACUGUCCGCCGAGCCCUCGCUCCUUUCAAGGAGGAGGAUGAGGUUGAGAAGGCCGAUGUUGAGGAUGGUUACAAGUCUUUCCGAACCGGUCUCGUUGUCUCUUGGCUGUUCGGAAACAUUCUUCUCAUCGUUUGUAUUACCAGCGACAAGUUUGAUAACCUCGGAUGGGGUGAACCUGCCACAGAGCGAAAGGCGCAUUACUUCCAGUUCCUUCUGUACGCUACUGCCGUACUGUCUCUUAAAAAGGAGCAGAAGGAGGCGGAGAAUGCUGAGGGUCAAGCUACAGGCGGCAAGAAGAAGAAGGUGACUGCAGCUCAGCUGCGUGUGCAAAAAGAUCUUUCAGAACUCUCUCUCGGCUCGACGAUGAAGACAGAGUUCCCCGAUCCCGACGACAUUCUCAACUUCGUGCUUACGAUCGACCCGGACGAGGGCAUGUACCGCGGCAGCCGCUUCACAUUCGACUUCAACAUUAACCAGAACUUUCCCCACGAGCCACCCAAGGUUCGCUGCCGAGAAAAGAUCUACCACCCAAACAUCGACCUCGAGGGCAAGGUUUGCCUGAACAUCCUGCGAGAGGACUGGAAGCCCGUGCUGAACUUGAAUGCUGUGAUUGUUGGCCUACAGUUCCUCUUCCUCGAACCCAACGCAUCGGACCCGCUCAACAAAGAGGCAGCCGAAGACCUGCGAAACAACCGAGAAGGAUUCAAGCGUAACGUGAGGACUACGAUGGGAGGUGGUGUAGUUAAGGGUACGACAUACGACAGGGUUCUCAAAUAG